CCGUCGCAGAGUUUUACCAGCUGUUCUGUAGUUUCCCAGCGGGGUGCCAUUUGAAAGAGGAGCCGGUUAAAUCAUGAGGUCACCGGCCACGGUGAGCCACCACACCGUCUCCCCCGGUCUCCAGGAUCAGCUGUCGGGUUGACCGCGGUCUUGCCGGCCGGCUUGAGAGCAUGUUUAGACCCGCGCGGCGCGGGGCGGCGCGCUCCCUGUCGCAUGGCCGCACAUGGUGCACGGCGGCCGGUCUCACCACCAGAGACUCCGACCACGCCGCAGCACUGAUGGAGCUCUGCGCCGACAGACACUACAUAGCACGGGGGCGGAGUCACAGAGACUCGUUCCUGCGGGGACUGAGCUGCAGCUACGGGCCCCUCGGAACCGAGCUGCACAGGAACAUACUGGAUCAGUGGUGGAACUCGGUAAGCAAGUCCAACGCUCGGGUGUUCGGGAUAGGCACUCUGAAUGCCCGCCGGGACGGGGCUGAUGCAGGGAAUGGGACCUUAAAGGUUGUCGACAGUAGGAGCCUGAACCAAGUACUGGACCUGCAGGAGUUAAGCAAGGAACAGCUCGUACAGAGGUUGCAGAAACUUCUCAAGAGCUCUGCGUCUCUGACAACAAACUUCCUGACUGGUGCCUUGGAUCAAUACCUUCCCUCGCUGGAACUGGUGAACAGGAAGCUGCCCUUCGGCCUGGCUGAGAGCGGUCCGUGUUUCCAGACCUCCGAUGGCCGUGGUUGUCCAGCUGAGGUCACCCAGACGUCGCUGGUAUGGUUCUGCUCCCCCCGUACGUCCUCCCAGUGGCUGGACCACUGGGCACGACAGAGGCUUCAGUGGUGGAGGAAGUUUGCUUUGGCUCCAUCGGACUUCAGCUGCAGUGACAUCUCGGGGGAGGAGGAGCCGGGAGGGAAGGCGUGGCGUGGGGUGAAGAUCGUCUACCAUUUCCCGUGGGGGCAGGAACCGCUGGAGACGCUACAGAGCCGAGGAAACGCUGAGCUGCUGCAGAUGCACGAGAGCGUGAGCGCCAAAUUGCAGUGUCUGGAUGAUCAUAAACUGGUGGUGCCCCACGUUGUCUCCAUCACUGGGAACAUGGACCGCGGUAUGUUGGCCUAUCUCUUUAAUUCACUGCAGCAACAGAAGAAAGAGGACACCGAGCAGAAGCUGCAGCAGAGAAAGGUCCUGAAGUUGCAUCCGUUGUUGGCUCCUGUUAAAGUGGCUUUACACCUGGGCGGGGCAGCCACUGUGGAGCUGAGACAGGUUUGUGAAGGUCUGCUGCAGGACUUGGUCGAGGCCGGGAUCUCCUCGUGGCCUGGGUAUCUAGAAACCACAGCGACAUCAGGGGAGCAGUCAAGCGCCAAGUAUGACGAGAUGGGGGUUCUGUUCACCGUGGUGAUCGACGAGAGCACCCUGGAGAGCGGUCUGCUGCAGGUGCGCAGCAGAGAUACGACCGUCAAGGAGAUCAUGCACAUAUCAGAGGUCAAGAGGUCCCUCAACAGAUACAUAGCUGCUGCCAAGAACGUCUGAAACGGCGUUUUCCCCGAGGGCGGCUUCAUUUUGAACAGUACCCCCCCCCCCCCCCCGCUGUCGCCGUACCGCCAACACCAACUCCACCUCCCGCAGCACAGAGCUGAAUGGCUUGAUAUGACCGUUUCUGCUGCGUCUGGACCACAUCUGUUACGGUGCCCGAGCUGAUGGAUAAGAUGUGACCCACUCUGCCACGGUGCAGGAUGUGGAUUAUGUUGUUUGUUUUGGUGACUGGUUAUCUGGGACGAUAUCCACUUUAUCCUGUGCAGGAUCAGAGGCAAGAGGCAGUAUUGUCACAGUCGGUCAGAAUUUAGGAGUUGCUAAAUCAAUCCCUCAACCGGAUCAUCAGGCCCACGGCCCAGUGUUCAGUUCCACAGUCUGCUGAUCUGAUAUUGAAUCAUUGUGUCUUUAUUAUGUUUUACAUUUUGGUAAUUUCAUGCUACUUCCUUUUUUUAUUGGUGGCUCUGAUAUGCUAAAAAAUGUGCAUUUCUGCAAAGUCACUUGUUAGCGACUCUUAACCAGAAUAACAGCCUCAAAACAGUAAACAUUUCCACAGAUUUUUUGGUUUGUUUUUUUUUUUUUUUUUUUGGCUCAUUGGAAAUAGAAGGGGCAGCAUGGUGGCGCCUCACAGCAAGAAGGUCCUGGGUUUGAGCCCCGGGAUAGUCCAACCUUGGGGGUCGUCCUCUGUGUGGAGUUUGCAUGUUCUCCCCGUGUCCAUAAUAAUGUCUGUGUUUUAUUUUGAACGGCCUCGUUUUUCCCAGUAAAGAAACUGUCAUCACAAUUCCCAGAUAGCAGAACUGCUGUGGCCCCGACCCGUCCCACACCCGUCACUUCAUCCGGCCCACAUACCGCGUGGACUGAUGGCACUUGGGCGUUCCGCUCCUGUUUGUCAGAUCUGGGCCAGAACCAAGCCAUAGCAAUGCUGCAUGUGCCACAUAUUUGCCAAAGGUGGCCAUAUUUGUGUUGUGAUAUUUGGGGCCAGAUCCACCAUUUACCACACGGGCCACUUCAGGGUCACAUCCAGAUCACAUGUUGUCCAGAGCACCGCAUCUUUGCCAGAAAAGGCCCACAUGUGAUUUGGCAUAUUUGGGCCAUAUUUGCUACUGUACAUGUGGGCCACUUCAGGCUCACAUCCAUGUUGUCAGGACCAGAAGAAGACCAUCAGUGCCGCAUCACUGCCUGAAGUGGCCCACAUCCGGAUGCUGUCUGGGUGGCGUUGUUGGUAAUUUACUCAUGUUAAAAAGGGUUGACAAGUUAUUUUAAGAACAUGACUGGAUCCUAAGAUUUCCCCUGUAUUUUAUGGUUGAGACUGUAUCUGUAUUUAUCAGAGCAGGAAGUUAGAAACGCUACACAGCGAAAACUAAGUGAGGAAUGAGUUGGGGACAUACGUCAUUAACAUGGAUGGAUUUGUUUUGCUUUACUUGAGUUGUUGAAGUGGGUUGUUGAAGCAAAAGUUACAUACAUGUUGUCUUUAUUGGUGAACAAUUUGUCCACAUUUUAAGAACGACUGUACCUGCGGUGGGUUUCUGAGUGGCGAGGCCGGUGGUUUAUGACCUAACGAGUUCUGUAAAUUCAUUGAAACAGAUGAGGAAACUUAAGGCUUUGCAUGCCCAGGUUGGGAACAUCACAAUCUCAGAUGUUUGCAAAAAUGGCAAGACGAAAAAGUUUCAAGAUUUAGUUUAUUGUCAUUUCUUUGUGUACCUGCACACAUGAUAAAAACGAAGUGCCGUUUCUGCCAGCUCACAGCAGUGCAACAGAAAAGACAAAGAACAUAUAUCUAAAAAUUCCCUAAAAGUGAUACCACUAAAAACACAAAAACAGAGAAAAAAAACAAAAAAGCACAAACAAUUAACAACGCAGUCCAUUUACACCGUUUGAUUUACAAUCCACAUUUGGGCCUCAAACUCAGUUUACCUUCCUAAUUUCAACAGGUGCACUUCCGUGUUGACGUUUUCCUCUGACUGCUGACAGCUCUGUAGUUCCUCCCCCAUUGCCUCAGGUUGAGAGUCUGGGUGUCCUCCUGGACAGCACAUUGUCUUUUGAAGCCCACACCAACAAUGUUACUCGGUCUGCAUACCUCCACCUAUGCAAUAUUAACCAUCUUCGCUUGUCACUGACACCUACCAGCACCGCCAUACUCACCCACACCCUGGUUACAUCCCAUGCUGACUACUGUAAUUCUGUCCUCUUUGGUCUUCCCCUCAAGUGUCUUCAUAAGCUUCAGCUGGUCCAGAAUCCAGCUGCCCGUAUCAGUACCAGAACUCCUUCCAUAGAUCAUAUCACUCCUGUUCUGCAGCAGCUCCACUGGCUCCCUGUUAAAUACUGUACUGACUUCAAGAUCCUG